CCGCGUGAGACAGAAUAUGGCUGCCUCCUUGCAAAAGUAGAACUUUCGGCAUCUGCUUACGUGUAGAAGUGUCAGCUGUUACAAGUUGCGCAGUGCUCUUUGAAUAUCAAUUUCCUGAUUGUGCAAACAACCAAGAUAAGGCAUAACUGAAGCUUCCAGUCAAUUUAUUCAUCUUACCUUACGAUGUCAGAGGCUGACAAACAAGCACCCAUCAUCGACAAUGAUGUUGAUGACCGAGAAGAAGUGAGGGAUGAGAACCAGGACAACGAAGAAGGGGGUGGUGAUGGUGAUGGUGAUGGCGAUGGGCAAGUUAAGAGGGGAAAUCGCAGACAAAGGAGGAACCCAGGAAAUCGACGAAGGAGAAGAAACACCAAUGAAGAGCCUGAAGGACCAAUUGAGCCUAUCGAGAUCGGGAAAGGUACUGGUCAAGAGGUGACUAAAUGGAGCAUUAGGAAACAGGUGUGGGACUUUAUUGAGGAUCACAACCUGGCUAACUUUCCACGUCCAGUGCACCACAGAAUACCAAACUUCAAGGGAGCAGUGAAUGCUGCUGAGAAGGUGAAAGAACUUGAAGAGUUCCAGGUGGCCAAGGUUGUGAAGGUCAACCCUGACAAGCCUCAACAGGAUGCUAGGUUCUUCACACUGGAGUCACAGAAGACACUGCUUGUGCCUACCCCAAGGCUUAGAGAAGGACUGUUCAACAAGAUUACUCCUCCAGCUGACUGCAACAAGGAGACCCUGAGAACAUGCUCUACCUCACAGGGGGUUCGUGAAUACAGCACACCAAUUGGACUUGAUGAUGCUGUAAAAAUCGACCUGGUCAUCAUUGGCUCUGUGGGAGUGUCCAGGGAAGGUUACCGUAUUGGAAAAGGAGAAGGGUUUGCUGACUUGGAGUUUGCAAUGAUGAAAACGAUGGGCGCUGUGAAUGAGAAUACAGUCGUAGUGACCACAGUUCAUGACCACCAAGUUAUCAGCAUACCUGAGCGCCUUGUGGAAGAGCAUGAUCUGACAGUUGACUACAUUGUCACACCAACAGAGAUCAUUAAGACAGACUGCACCAAACCAAAGCCAGCUGGCAUCAUAUGGUCCAAACUUGACCGUGACAAGUUGAAUCGAGUUCCCGUUUUGAAACUUCUGAGAAAGAGGGAGCGUGAACAGGGCACAGAUGUUAGGCUGAAGGGUCAGGAAGAAGAUGAUGGUGAAGACUAUAUCAAUGACGAACCAGAAGAAGAAAAACGUGAAAAUGAUGAGAACUCCUACCGUCGCCGUGGCCCACCCAGACGACGUUACCGCAACAAUUACAGACGCCCAAGGCGCAGGAGCAAUGACGUCAGGAAUUCUGAAUCAGAAGAGCAAACAGAGGAAGGAGAAGGUCAAGGUCAGGGCCAGGGUCAGGGAAGGCGUCCUCGUAAUUCAGCACGUAGAGGUCGUGUUAAUCGAAGAUCACAUGAUCCAUCUAUCUAUGUAGGUGGGUUACCUCGGUCACUGCGUGUGAGCGAGUUUAAGGAGAAGAUACAUGACCGUAGUGUUCAACCUCUGCGGGUUGUAUGGCAUGGUGGCAGUGGUCAUGCUUUCCUUCAGUUUUCUAACAUCGACAUAGCAGAAGAAGCCAUUCAAGCUCUGAAAGACCUUGACCUUGGAGGGCGUCAAAUUAAGGUGGAGCUUGCAAGGAGUAAUCGUGGUGAUAAUGAGGACAGUAGAAAUGAGAACGAAGCUGAUGGCGAGGUGAAUGAUGCAGGCAGCGACUAAAACGAUUGAUUGUAUGUAUGUACAGUCUAUUCUUUACUCAUGUAACUGCUAAUGGAUCUAAGUUUUAACCACUUGGGCAGAAUGUCCUUUUAAUAUGUUGAAUUUACCUGAAGCCUCAUUAAAAUAUAUUUUAGAUUUUGUAUCAGAAAAAUUGCAUCACAUGUGGCUUGAUUAAUGAGGCAUUUCAGAAAACACUCCUUUUGUUGAAAAGAGCCAGUACCACGAUCCUUGACAGUUAUAUUUUCAAAGAAAGGUCGUUUUAACUCUCUUGAAAGAGGAUCUGUUCUCUUUAUUUUUAGAUUAUGGGCAAGGUUUGUUUAGUGAGUUCUAAUGAAUUGUUUAGCUCUGAAGGCUUGUGUAGUUUGAUAAGGUUAAAACCUGAAGUUGGACAAUGAGAUCUGGCAUCUAGAAAGCUUCACUCAGAUGCAUUACAGAAACAUUAUAUAUUCUUCACUUAAUGUUUUCUUAGGUUUAAGCCUUUGGAAGGAUGGAGAGAAAAGUGUAUUAUGUUAUUUCCUGUUAUGUUAAUUCUUGCAUUUGUUGAAGCAGAAAAACUAGCGGUUGCAUGAUUCUAUUUGUCAGUUUCAGGGUUUGGCCUGUGUACAAUAUAUUGCAUAUCAUAUGUUGCAACAUGUUAAUGGACAUUUUUUUCAGUUUGUAGAAUUUGAAUGAUUAUAGUUACCAUACCAUGAUUACAUAAACUCAGGUAAGAGUUUUACUUGUAUGUCGUUAAUUGCAGAAAUUGCCAUUAACGAAGUCACUGCAUAAUUUGCACACAUACUAUUUGCGUGUCAUGAAGUUACGCUUUAUGCAAACUAAGAAAAUUAUACAAUAUUUUGUCAACUCCAUGCCAGCAAUAUGUACUUCAUUUCUUUAUAACUUAGUAAUUUUGUGAACAGACACCUUGCUGGAGAGAAAUUCCGUAGAAAUAGCAAAAGUAGUCGCCCCCUGUUUAUGUUCAUAAGGGUACUUCUCAAACAAGAUGAUUUUGAUGUUAUUCUAAAUGGCCUGAUCUACAUGACACUGAUGCACAAUAUAUACUAGGUUUUGCUGGUUCUGGGUCAGUUUUUGACAUGGCAUGUAUAUGCAUUCUGUUUAUGUAAGUGUGUCUGGUUUGUUAUAAAUAAAUGCAGUACAAUGAGAGUGUGGAGAUGUUUGGAAUCUGAUCAUUUAGCUAUGAAUGAAUUUCAUAAUUUAUGUUGUUGUUAAACAGUUAUGCUAGUUCACAUAAUUCAUCAUGGCUAUGCCAGCACAUUAUUUGAUUGUUUGUUAUUACAUUACUAAGUGUGUUCAAAGGCAUUUUGUUUCCGCUGACCACAUGAAUGUCACGGAAUUACCUUCCGGCAUUCGUAGACAUGGUAGAGGCCUCAAAGAAAGUUUGUGUUGGGUGUCUCUGAAGAAAUCUCUUACAGUAUUUGAAUGUAUUGUUAAAUAUGUUUAGUUACAAUAAUUAUCAAAACAGGGUUGUUGUUUAUUGUUCAGUUUGUGAGAUAAUUGUUUGUAAAUGAAACAAUGAAAUGUAAAAAUGUUAGUGUUUUUGAAUUAACAUGUUUUGGAAUUUGCCAAGAUAUUUUUUGAGAAUGGUAGCAUUCAAACAUGCUCAAUUACUGUUUGCAUAUCACAAUAAACCUACUGAAAUUUAUAUUUGGAAAAUCCAUGGGUAUUUUAAUUGUCAUUUUUGUCUUUAAAGGAUAAAUCGAAAAUGUGUGUAAUACAAUCAGUGCUAACAUCUUCAUCAUUAGUUAUAAAUAUCUAGGAAAUGAGAGUAAAAUAUUUUAUAAUGGUGUAUGGGUCACUUAUGGUGUAUUACCUUUCUGUUCACUCACGGAAACCUGUCAUGAAGUCUUAAAUUUGUCACUGUCAUCACUUAGAAAUUAUUUGGUCACAAGUUUGUCGUAAUAUGGAAGAAAUUAUGUCAAGGUUGUUUAUCAUAUUUGUUUUGAAUAUUACCAAUUGUCUUCCAGUGUAAAAAUAUCUGUUUUGCCUUAAUAUGAAUUAAAAUUUAGUAUUUUUCAACAUCACUUUUCAAUGCAGUACAUUUUUUCUCUGUGUAGGGUGAUAGAUGAAUGUGUGACGUUGCAUUUUUUGACAUUGGCAAAACCUACUUAAGCUUGUUUGGGUUCGUUUGUUUAUUCUUGAUUGUUGAAACAGUUGCUUAAGGAAAACAUUGUAUGAAGAAAUAGUGGUCGAAAGCUUUUCAUCCCCAUAUUCCCUUUGUAAUAAUUGUGUGUUGACAAAUGUGGUGCUGAAUAUGUACUCAAUCAUCUGACUUUCUCUUCAAUAGAGAUUGCACCGAGUUAGAUGUGCAGCUACUAUCUCUGAAGUUCAUACUUUGUGACCUUCCGAUUCAAAGUUUAAUCUGUAUUCUGGUUGUUAAAAUUGUCAGUAUGACAUGUCUACUGCGGAAAUCUCCUUAUUGAAAUUGUGAGAUUGUUGAGUACAUAACAAAGUGCAACUAUCUUCUAGGCAGCCCGGAGGCAAAAUAACAUAUAUACAUACAUUUUCUCACAGAUAAUUUGCCAUCAUUUCAGUUUCUUCGGGUAUUUUGAAAUGACUAUUCACCCUACUCUUCAGUGCCUGACAACUACAUUAUCUCAGUGUUUGUUGUGGAUUCCUCAUGUCAGGACAAAAGGUUUUUGGAGAAACAAAAUUUACUUUUCAAAAUCAACAUAUUUUGGGCACAGUGUUCAGGUCGGAAGAAAGUGAUGUUAUUUUAGAGAAAUGAAAGCUCAAAGGCUUCUAGUUUGUUGAAAAUUCUUUACAAAGAUAUUUGUGUUGUGAAUGUUGACAAAACUCAACCAUAGUCCUUCAUGUAGAACCAAUUUGAGAAGCUUUAACAUUAGCGAGUGAACAGAUAUGAAUUAACCAUAUAUCUUUUUCAUGAUCAUUACAGUUUAUUAACAUGCACCAAAUAUGUUUUCAUUUCUCAUCUUUAUGUGAAUAUAUUUGAUAAAUUGCAUGGUUUGAUGUGGCUAAUUGCUUAUAUAAAUCCUUUUGAAAUUACCAAGAGCCCAAUAUAUUAUUUUCUUGUUAGAGAAUGAUUACCAGCCAGAACUAUGAUACAUUGAAUUGAACUUAUGCACUUUUCCAACAAUGUUUGUUUGACAUUCUUUCAGUAAUCCUUUGCUGAUUAUACAUAUAAGUAUUAAAUUUUGAAAAUAGAAAAUUCAUUAUUCACUUUCAUUUUCUAAAAUGUUGGCAUCUAUAUGAAUGCCUUUUUGUUGUGUGUUAGAAUGUGUGACACUCCCACAACAAUCCAGGCUCAAUGGUCUGGCACUUAAAAAUAAUAAAGUAAAACAAAAUGGGUCUAACAACUCACUUCAACAUGGAAUUCAUUCAGUGUGGAGUAAGUGGAAAGCAUGUGAGGUAGUUCUUGGUGGAGGGUCCCUCAGACAUGUUCAGCUCGAUUAUGUUUCCAGUUUUUCCCCUGUGCAUUCGAAGUUUGUUUGAAUAUCACUUUUGAAAUUUUAUAUCAACACAGAUAUCAGAAACCAUGGGCACUGGAUGGUAGAGGGCUGAGAACUAUUAUUUGAGAAUUUACAUUGAAAUUGUUAAUGCUGUACACAGGCUUACAGAAAAGAGAAUGGUGCAAGUUGCAAUCAUUGUAAGCAAUACUGUGUCAUUUAGAUGAUUUUCUAAUGUAAUUGAAUGUUAUCUUAUUUAUAUUUGAUAUCAUUUGUGAAUAAAGUUCCUUAUUUUA